AUGGUCAGCUCCUGUUGUGGUUCUGUCUGCUCUGAGGAGGGCUGUGGCCAAGGCUGCUGCCAGCCCAGCUGCUGUGUGUCCAGCUGCUGCAGGCCCACCUGCUGUGUGUCCAGCUGUUGCAGACCCAGCUGCUGUGUAUCCAGCUGCUGUAGGCCCAGCUGCUGUGUAUCCAGCUGCUGCAGGCCCACCUGCUGUGUGCCCAGCUGCUAUGUGUCCAGCUGCUGCAGGCCCAGCUGUUGUCAGUCUGUGUGCUGCCAGCCCAGCUGCUGCCGCCCGAGCUGCUGCAUCUCUAGUUGCUGCCGCCCUUCCUGCUGCAUUUCUAGCUGCUGCCGUCCCACCUGCUGCCAGCCCAGCUGCUGUGUGUCCAGCUGCUGCAGGCCCCAGUGCUGCCAGUCUGUGUGCUGCCAGCCCACCUGCUGCCGCCCCAGCUGCUGCAUCUCCAGUUGUUGCCGUCCUAGCUGCUGUGUGUCCAGCUGCUGCCGCCCGUGUUCUGGUGGUUCCAGUUGUUGUGGGUCCAGCUGCUGCAGGCCCACCUGUUGCCAGACCACCUGCUGUCGCCCAGCAUGCUCUAGUUGUUCUUGUUGCUGA